UCACGGAGAUAAAACAAAGUCAGUCGCGAUGUUCUCCACCACUCAUGAACACACCCACGCAGCCGCCGGGAGCUCACGUUCUGAAGCCGGCCUCCGCACCCGCAGCACCUCAACCAGUCCCACCAUGUCCACGGGCUCCCUGAGUGACGUGGACGACGAGCUGCUGGACGGCAUACUGAAGUUCGCCUCGGCGGAGAGCACCGAUGAGAGCUCCAACAGCGAGGGGCACGCUGCCGCGUGCACGCCGCCCACCAAGCGGCGCCGGACGGCAUCGCGCAAGGCUCAGUCCCGCAAGGCCAUCGCGGGGGAGGAAGGCGCUGGUGCCCCCCCGCGGGAGGGAAAACAAGUGCAGAGAAACGCGGCCAACGCGCGGGAGAGGGCCCGGAUGCGGGUCCUGUCCAAGGCCUUCUCGCGGCUCAAGACGUCCUUGCCGUGGGUGCCGGCCGACACAAAGCUGUCCAAGUUGGACACGCUGCGCCUGGCGUCCAGUUACAUCGCGCACCUGCGGCAGGUGCUGGCCAACGACAAGUACGAGAGCGGAUACAUCCACCCCGUCAACCUGACAUGGCCCUUCAUGGUUGCAGGCAAGCCCGAAAACGAGUUGAAGGAAAUGCUGAGCCCCACGCGGUUGUGUGGCACCACGGCAUCGUGACCAAACACACUGUGGAUACCUCGUCACGUUUCAUUUGUCACCAUUGGGACUAGUGAAGCCCACGUCUCAUCUCCACAGACCUUCGAGUGGGAAUAACAGCUGGGAGGGAGGGAUGUCCUCCUCCUUCUUUCGUUCCCGUAAAAAGAAACUAUUUAAUUGCAUUGUUUCUUUUUUUAAGUCACCCUUUAUUUUUUGUCUUUGCUGGUCCAAAGACAAACAGCGUACUCUUUGUAAUAUGUACUCUGCAUAAGCAUUUUUUUAUGUAUAGUAUAUAGUAGUCUCUUAAAUUGUACAGAUGCUAUAAAUAUAUAUAUAUUUGUAUCACUUUUGACAUUUUGCUAUCCUUUGGUUUGUGUGUGUCUGUGUGUUGUGACCUCACCUCUGUUAUCCCUGCACCCCUUUUGGAAUAAUAGCCCAAACCUGAGCAGAUAAGUGGCAGUGUUUUUGCUAAAAGAUAACGCUGGAUGCGGAUGCCUUUGCAUAAACAAACGCUGGCCUGCAAAAGAUUACUUUUAAAACAAGAGAA